GGAUAUGAAUUUUCGAGCCAUCCCCUCAUAUCCUGGGAAAGCAGAAAUCAGGAAAGGAGCCAAGAUUGAAAACAGACGCGGGAGCCGCUCAUGUGGGGCGCUGCAGGGGAAAGUGUCCUUUCUGAAGUCCUCGUCUGUCCAGCCGAAGCGCCUCUCGCGCUCCCCGCCUCUCGCUCCCUCCUUUCAGUCGCCGCUCGCUCUUUUCGCGCUGCCUUGGAAGCGGGGCAAUUACUCAUUUUUUCGGUGUGCGACCGAGCUCAGCGGGCAGUUCUCCCCGAGAACCCGAGGGACUCACUCCUCCGUGGUGGGGCCGGGGGUGGCGGUGGCGCUCGGCAUUAAAGAAAGUUUUCCCUGGUGUUUUUUUGUCCCUUCUUUUGGGGGGGGGGGGUCUUGUUUUUUUGGAGGAUCCAGAGAAGUUUGACCUGCCGUUGCCAGGAAACUGUUGUCUGUUUUUGGUUAUUGCGCCCAUGAAUGCGCGGGGCGGCCGCAAGAAGAGCUCUACAACUUCGUCCUCCAGUUCCAAACCGACAAUAAAGCGCGACUUGUUUUUAAUGUUUCUUUCAGCUGUGGCGGGCGACUGCAGAAGGACCCUCUAAACCCCCGUUUUUUAACCCUCGGCAGACGGGGGGCAUUAUCAGCGUCGGCGCCCUCGGCCGUAAUUUGACUAAAUAAACAGAGCCGUGGUGCCUCUUUCAGAGACUCUGGGAGGAGAGAAGAGAUCAAGACCCCUCGUCCCUGAAGGUUUGAGCAAUCUUAGCCCACUCCUCCAAAGGAAGGAGACAGUUGCUUACUCACACACAUACACACGCACACAAAGGCAGGGACAUCAAGAGGGACAUCUAGAGAAGAGAGGGCAACUUUGGGCCAUGUUUUAGAAGACAAAUCCAGGGGGCUGACAGUUACUGAAGAAUGAUACCGUUGACCACAAUUAUCAUGAGGAUCCAUGAAAGAAGAAUGUUUCCUGUGGUGGCUUUCCUUACAGUGUUCUUUCACUUCUUCCCCGUUGGCAAAAGUCUUGAGAUCUCCCCAAGCAACACAGAGCUGAUUCUGGAUGCCAACUCUUCCAUUUCCAUCACUUGCUCUGGCUCAAGUGAAGUAGUCUGGAUGCAAAGGCUUCUUAUACGGGAAGACCAGAACCCCCAGUGGAUUCAGAAUGGCACAAUAAGCAGCACAAUCACACUCCAGAAUGUAAUGUGGAACCAGACUGGAGUGUAUAUGUGCAGUGAGCCUGCCUUGGGUGAAUCCAAGGAGGUUUCCAUUUUUGUGCCAGAUCCUGAGGUUUGGUUCAUUAACGUAGAACAUUAUAUGGUGACCAAGACCAGUGAAGUGGGGACCAUUCCUUGCAUGGUCACCAACCCCAAGAUCAGUGUGAGCUUGUAUGAAAAGUCCAACAACACAGCAUUGCCUGGAAAAUACAGCCCCACUGAGGGAUUCAGCACUACCCUAGAAGACCGUACAUACGUCUGCAAGGGAGUACUCGACGGCGUGGAGAAAACAUCCCAGUCAUUUUACGUCUUCAGUAUCGUGGUACCGGAUUUUAUCGAGCCCUUUAUCAACACCUCGAGGACGGUGUUGAAACAAGGAGAGCCCCUCACCGUGAACUGCACUGUGCAUGGAGUAGAAAUUGUGUACUUUACCUGGGACUACCCACACAAGGAGGACGGACUGGUGAUCGAGCAGCUGACAGACUUGCUCUCUGCAACGAGCAUACGGUCCUUCCUCAACAUAUCUGAAGUCACCCAGAACCACUCGGGGGAGUACACGUGCAACGCACACGAGGGAGUCCAGGGAACCACAGCCAGCGACAGCAUCAACAUCACUGUGCUGGAGCGAGGCUACGUGACAGUCAAAUCUGAGCUUGGACAAAACGUCUCAGCACAACUGCAUGAAAACAUCCAGCUCCAGGUGAUGAUUGAUGCCUACCCCAAGCCCCAGGUGCGCUGGACUAAGGAUGGGGCGCCUCUUUCGGGAGACACCAUUGCUGUUGAAACCAGACAGAUCCAGGAGACCAGGUAUGUCAGUACUGUAAGCCUGGUGAGGGUCCGCACAGAGCAGAAGGGCCUGUAUACGGUAUCUGUGGACAAUGAUGAUGACUCUAAGAAGAUGGCAUUCGAUUUGGAGGUUAAAGUAUUCCCACAGAUUGUUGAGCUGUCUGACCACCACAUGGAAGAAAAGCGCCACGGAGUGGUUUGCGCAGCCGAAGGAGUGCCGUCCCCAAGCAUACAGUGGUACAGCUGUGAUAGCAUCCACAAAUGUAACAAUCAGACCAACGCAUGGAAGGCUCUGGACCCAGACCUAGAAAACCUGAACAUUCAGACCAACGUGAGCUACAAUGAGACACGCAAAAUCCACCAGACACACAGUGUCCUGACAUUCCUGAAGCUGCAGAAGAUCAUGUCGAUCCGUUGUGAAGCCCAAAACCAGAUGGGCCGAAGAGCACGGGACAUCAAAUUGGUUUCGAACACCUUAUUCUCACAGGUAGCUGUGCUGGCCGCUGUUCUGGCCCUGGUGGUCAUUGCCGUGAUCUCCAUCAUCAUCCUGAUCGCACUGUGGAGAAAGAAGCCACGGUACGAGAUCAGGUGGAAGGUGAUCGAGUCUAUCAGCUCAGACGGCCACGAGUAUAUCUAUGUGGACCCCAUCCAGCUGCCCUACGACUCAGUCUGGGAGAUACCCCGGGACAGCCUUGUUCUGGGUCGUACGCUGGGCUCUGGAGCAUUCGGAAGAGUUGUGGAGGCAACUGCUUAUGGUCUUGGCAAUUGUCAGUCCACCACUAAAGUCGCCGUGAAGAUGCUCAAGUCCACAGCACGCAGGAGUGAGACCCAAGCCUUGAUGUCUGAGUUGAAAAUCAUGAGCCACCUGGGCCCCCACCUCAACAUCGUGAACCUGCUGGGGGCCUGCACCAAGCAAGGUCCAAUUUACUUGGUGACUGAGUAUUGCCGCUAUGGUGACUUGGUGGACUACCUGCACCGGAACAAGCACACCUUCCUGCAGUACUACGCAGACAAAAGCCGGAGGGACGCAGAUAUGUGCGGCAGCAAUGGCAAAGGCUACGUGUCCUUUGGCAGCGAGUACGACGGCGGCUACAUGGACAUGAGCAAGGACGACACCAAGGACGACGAGUACGUCCCCAUGCAGGAACAGACCGACGACAUCAAGUAUGCCGACAUCGAGCCGUCAGUUUAUGAGACACCGUACCAGCAGGACGGCUACCAGCGACAAGGCCAGGAGAGAGUAGACACAGCCCUAGUCAUCAACGAUUCCCCAAUCCUCAGCUAUACUGACUUAGUGGGAUUCAGCUACCAAGUGGCACAAGGGAUGGAGUUCCUGGCAUCCAAAAAUUGUGUCCAUCGUGACCUUGCUGCAAGAAAUGUUCUGAUCUGCGAAGGAAAACUGGUGAAGAUCUGCGAUUUUGGCUUAGCCAGGGACAUCAUGCACGAUUCCAAUUACAUCUCCAAGGGCAGCACAUUCCUGCCCCUCAAAUGGAUGGCCCCCGAGAGCAUCUUCCACAACCUUUAUACCACCCUGAGUGACGUCUGGUCUUACGGUAUCCUGCUCUGGGAGAUUUUCAGUCUGGGAGGAACUCCCUAUCCCGAUCUGCCCAUGAAUGACCUUUUCUACAGUGCUCUGAAGAGGGGCUACAGGAUGGCUAAACCUGCUCAUGCUGCAGAUGAAAUCUAUGACAUAAUGCGGAAAUGUUGGGAUGAGAAGUUUGAGAAGAGGCCUGAGUUCUCCUUGGUCCAAACAAUGGGGAACAUGUUGACUGACAGCUAUAAAAAGAGGUAUGUCCAAGUGAAUGACAACUUCUUAAGGAGUGAUCACCCUGCUGUGGUCCGCACCAAGCCCAGGCUGUCAGGGCCUAUGUUUCCACCAAGUCAGCCUGCCAUCCGAAGAGAGGCAGAGGGACAGGAGGCAAUAGCUUCCUACAAUGAGUACAUCAUACCCAUUCCGGAUCCUAAGCCAGAGGAAGUCUGUGAGGAAACUGAUUCAGCUUUGGAAAGCCCCUCAAGCUAUCAGAACCCAGAAGGGGACACUUGUUCUAUUGCCUUGGAAUCUUCGGUCACCGUUCAAGGGGAAACAAAAGAACCAAUCACCCAGGACGUGGAGUCAGCAGAAGCUGCGGGAACCCCGGACGUGGAAGACAGCUUCCUGUAGGCUUUCUGAUGCUUGUGUGUGUCCUGAACAAAUGAAGACGAACUGCUCUUGUCUGGCUUCUGGUGCGAACCAGGUGCCUCUGCUGAAUUAGCAGAAAAGCUUCUAGGAUAUUCGUAAUUUUUGGAUCUGUAACCAUAUAAGCCUCAUUACAGAGGUGCCUUUAGUUUGAGACAUCUACGAAGUUUCACAAAGUUCAGUGUGUAACUAGAGCUGGUCUUUUUAUGUUUCACAUGCUGGCAUUUUUUGGGGGUCAACCUGUAGGUACAAGAAGGACUUUUUGAAUAUAACCACAUGGUUAUGCUUUGAAAGGAAGAAACAUAGUAUAUGCUAUUUCCCCUGCAUUGCAUGCAUUUGUUGCAACACUUUAUAACACUUUCAGGAUUUUAAUCAAGGCUUCAACCUUGCAAUAAAUUGUUAUUAUACAGAAAGAGAGGAGAGACAAUGAAAAGAAUUAGGUUUUGUUUCAGCAACAAAGAUGCCCCAGAGCCACACUUCCCCCAGUGUUUACAACCACAUGGAACAGUUACCUAGAUAAAAAGUAUUCUCAAUGAAAUCCUCAGUUAAGUCCUUCCAAACCACACAGAUAAACAGACUUGAUAUAACAUAAAUAAACAUCCCCUUCUUUUUGUUUAGAAACAUAUACAAGAUAAUGGACCAGAAUCCCCUAGCAACAUUCUUCACACUUAGCAAAAAUAAUAAUGAUUCUGUAGAGAACUAUGAUUCUGUCAUCUGCCUGUUGCUUUGCAAGAUUGACUUUGCAUCACUGCAGCAUUAAAUGUAAAAGCAGGUAUUUAAAAGAGACAGAUACCUGAACAGCAACAACACCAAUAAUAAUAAUAAUAAUAAUAAUAAUAAUAAUAAUAAUAUUUCUUGUCCGUCUAUGUGUCUGUUGGUCAUACGAAGUACAAGAACAGGUAUGUCACUGAUAUAUUUCUGUUUUUAGAGCUCCAGAAAUGCCGAAUUUUAUAUAUGAUUUGCGAUAAUUUGUCACUUGUGUUCUUACUCUUUACAACCCACCAAUGCUCUCCUGCAAAACAAUACCUGUUUUGUUUUAUGCUUAGUAUAUUGCCGUUUCAUUGUACAUUUUCAUUGUUUCAAAGGCCUGGUACCUUGGCUUCUUUUAAACAAUAUUAUAAACCCCAAACGUGCCCCCAUCCCCAGUGUGUAGGUCCAAAAGCAACAUUUUACAUGCGACUCUAGAGAGCUGUAUCACUGCCACAAGUAAUACAUUUAACAUCUGACAUUGUAAAUAUCACUCAAAGACAUGUUUAUGUUUUUCUUCAAUGUAUAAAGGGAUUUUUUUGUCAUG